CCGAUGCUGCGAGAGCAAUGUGAAGGUCGGAAGUGGCUCUAAUGCCUUCUGAUAAAAUAUGCCUUGGAGACAAAUUUUGAGGCAGCUACUGAAUAACCCACAUCUGGAACAGAAGUUGGCAGAUUCAUACAUUAUCAGGCGGGCAGCACAAAUCACAGCAUAUUUCAUGCAUAGAGGGAAACAACUUACUCAGGACAAGGUAGAAGAACUGGCAAAAACCACCUCCAAGACAGGAUCUAAACUUGACUCCUUUAAGACCACAUUUGCCAAGGAACUUAAAAGGGAAUGGGACAAAGAAAAGAAAAAGCUAAAAUGACAGCACUAGACUUGGACCGCUUGAAUUAUUUACACAUUAUUCAGUAUUUAUACAACACUUGUAAAAUGAUAUUGAGCUUGUGAUAUCCAUCUUUAAUAUAGAUUUUAUAAAUAUAUCAGCCUGACGGCAUUGGGUCUGUAUUUAAGUAAUGGCAACUGUAAGAUUUGGCUGGCUUGUAAAGAAAGGAAUCCAAUACAGCAGUAGGGGAGGAAAUAACCAUAACAAUACUUACACAUUUUAUCCUCAUCACUGGUUUACAUGACUGAUUGAAUGAUGACAGAGACAAUAUCCAAUUACCAAGCUGAUGAACAUUUUUGCUCAUUUAUGUCAGAGCCUGUAGUUUUGAAUUUUGUGCUGGUGCUGAUGAAAUGAAGCAGUUUCCCUUGGAAAGGAAAGGAAAGGAAAGGAAAGGGGUGGAGAGGUUUGCUUUUUACCGAAAUGCACCUGAUCAGGGGUCUGUACCCUGGGGUUCAUAUGCUAGUAAAAGCAACAGAGAUGAUGAAUGCACAGAGGGGUGUUUUCAGUGGCCUUUUGGGUGGGUGGGUGGGGGUGGGGUCUGGCUCACUGCAAUUUUUAUUUUACUUUUAAACUACAGAAAACUUAGAUUGUUAAAAUUGUGUCAUCUGUUGGGAGAUAGGAUCCAUGACAAAAUUUGGCAGUUUUACAUGUAGUCCAGAUAACAUCGGCAUAAACCCACUUUGGAAUCCACGAAAUAAUAUAAUACUUGAAUUAUAUGAUACUAGAAGUUUAUUUAUUUAAAAUUUUUUUGACAUUUUUGUACCAGUUAUAUGUCAUUAAUCUACUGCAAUAAAUUGUUCUUUCAUGAAA